UCCAUACAGGAGAGAAACCAUAUAAAUGUAAUAUUUGCGGGAAAAUGUUUUCCCAGAAAGGUAGCGUGAAGGUACACCAGUUGACUCAUAUUGACACAUUGAUGAUGUGAACUAUUGAUGAAGCCACAAUGGCAAUGCAAGAAACUACCAAAUUGACUUUAGAAUUUUAUAUCUUGCAGAAAAGGGAGAUGCUUGAAGUUUCUGAUGGCAUGGCCAGGACGAGGAGGAAAGCAUUCAAAUGUUCCAUGUGCCCGAGGGCAUUUCUUUUCAAUUCUGAAUUUGUGCGACAUUUGAGGGUCCAUACAGGAGAGAAACCAUAUGCCUGCAAUAUUUGUGGAAAAAGGUUCUCAAAGAAAAGUAAUAUGAAGAGUCAUCAAAUUAUCCAUAUUAAUCGUUACUUACUCACCACUCAUUAUUCUCGUAAUACAGAUUUUGCGUUAUUACAUCUUGCAGAUUUUAAAACUUCUUUGAAGAGAUUAUGGCAAUGCUCUACAUGUGAUAGGUCCUUCACAUCUUCUCAUUCACUAGAGGUUCAUAACCGGCGACAUACAGGAGAGCACCCGUUUCAUUGUUCAGUCUGUAAGAAGGGAUUUGUUAAAAAGAAUGAUCUAGAUAGACAUAUGAGGGUCCCCACGGGAGAGAAACCAUUUCCAUGUAAUUGUAACAGUUGUGGGCAAAGAUUUUCCAUUAAAAGUUAUAUGAAUAUGCACCAACUGACUCCUAUUGGGCAUAAGAAUAAAUGGAAUACAAAGCUUAUGGUAAUCUUGUUUAUGGUUGGCUCUUUUCAGAUUUCUUUUAGAAGAUUUCAGGAGGGCAUCCCCAGCCCAUGGAAAUAUCCAUCUGGUAGGCCUUGUGGAGUGUUUCAAGAAGACACAGGCAUUGGUGACAAGGAAAAGUACAUCUGCAGCGUCUGCAACAAGUCUGUUACCAACAUGAAAGUUCAUAUUCUGACUCAUACCGGAGAGAAACCACAUGCGUGUGAUAUAUGUGGGAAACGCUUUGCUCAGAAAAAUAAUUUGAAACAUCACAGAAUGAUUCAUACAGGAGAGAAACCAUAUGUGUGUCCUACUUGUGGGAGAGGCUUCAAUCAGCGGGCACACUUGAAGGGGCACAUGAUAGUCCACAUGAAUGAAUGAUGAGUUCGACGUUAUUUUCAAGGAGUUAGUGAGGGUUUUGUCAAGAUGUUUGUUAGUGUAUUGUCAAGAUGUUUGUAAAAAUAGUUUGAAAGUGUUUGUGAGGCUACUUUCGAAGUUUUGUCUUGGCUGUUAGAUGGAGUGAUCUGUACAUGAGAAACAAAUGGCAGCGAAUCGUGUCGAAUGUACGUUUGGUUUUAGGCAUACAAUAUUGAUUUUGAUAAAUUGUUCUCAAAGGUGGUGUAAAAUUCUGAAGCUCUUUUUUGUAUCCCAAAGGCAUGCUACAUCCAAGUUCGAGAUUCUGAUGUGUAAAUUGCUCUGCUGUGUUGUGUUCAGUCACAAUUGUACUGCACUGAGUGUCAGGUUUAGAACAUUGAUCUGGAGAAAAUCCAUAUGUGUGUUAAAUUUGUAGGAACAGUUUCAGUCAGAGCAGUGGCAUUCUGAACCAUUAAAGGUACUCCUCUCCUCUCCUCUUGGUGUAGCACAGUGCAGGUCAUCGGACUGGAUUCAAAACUUGAGGGUCAAGAUGUAGCUGUGGGUACUCUGCAUGAGUACCGUAUCUGAAUGUUUGUAGCUGUAUACAAUGUAAUAAUCAACAAAACUGUUCCCAUUUUUCAGUUUGCUAAGGGAAGAAACCAAGAGCAGACGUCCACCCAGUCAACAAUUCAGCAUAGCGCAAGUUUAAGAGCCGGAGCUACUACUACUGGAGACAAAAAGCACUGUCAAACUUGUGAAAUAGCCUUUUCUAAUGACAACGAUCUUCAAGAACACAUGCGUAGCCAUCCAGGAGUGAUGAUAAGUGGAGGGGAUUUUCGGUGU